GCUUGCUUGGGGCGGUUGCCGAUUUUUUACCCAGCUUGCGCUAUUCAAUGUUGUGAUUUUAGCUGUAGCAACAUGUCUGCCUCCAUGGUGCGAGCGACCGUCCGAGCGGUCAGCAAAAGAAAGAUACUGCCUACAAGAGCCGCACUGACACUGACUCCAGCAGCUGUGAACAAGAUCAGGGUUUUGUUGCAAGACAAGCCGGAAUAUAUCGGUUUGAAGGUUGGAGUGAGAACACGUGGCUGUAAUGGACUGACCUACACACUGGACUACACCAAGGAGAAAGACAAAUCUGAUGAGGAAGUGCUGCAGGAUGGUGUGAGGGUGUUCAUAGAGAAGAAGGCUCAGCUGACCCUGUUGGGAACUGAGAUGGACUUCGUUGAGUCAAAGCUUUCCAGCGAAUUUGUCUUCAACAAUCCCAACAUCAAGGGCACGUGUGGCUGUGGAGAGAGCUUCAACAUCUGAGCAUUAUGGAGACUGUCCUCCCACACCCUCCCUGCUCCAAACCUUGUCCCAUCUAUAAAGACUGAGAGACUGAAGGUUGACGAGGAAGCCGGACAUGUGGAAAUCUUUGAGAUGUGGAUGUGCCUCCUUUCCUACCACUGCUCUUCCUGCAGACCACUUGCAUACACGCACUCUUGAAGCCCAUGCUUAGAGGAAGGUUUCAACACAGUCUGUUGUCAAAACUAUCUCAGCAUCAUUGUUUUUAGGUUCACAUACCUCUGAUGUUGACAACUGCUUUUUAAAUUCUGGUUCUGCAUUUACGAAAUCUUUAGAUCAAAGGCAAAGUGUUUUUUGUUUUUUUUUAUUUAGUGACUGUCUGCCAUUUUUCACAUAUACGCACAUUAUUUUAAUGAAUUCAGUCAAAUCCCACCAUGACUUGUAUACAGGAGGAAAUGGUACAACGAACCCCAAGUGCAUGGUCACUAAAGCAGAGAGUUGAUCAGGUCAAACUUGGUAAAGCUAAGAGGAUGAAGAAGGAUGAUACUAAUAAGUAUUUUGUCUCAAGUCGGAAUCUUUCCACCAAAAUCCACAGAUGCUAAGUAAACCCACUGUAAGACAGUGUACCAUCAUCCAGUGUCGUGUACCAGCAGUAUGCAAAAGUGGAGGAGUCUUGGAGUGUCUUGAAACUGCUUUAACAGUUUGUAUAGUUUUUGAAAAGUUGAAGUAUGUAUUUAUCUCUGUGUAAAUAUAAAGAAUGUAAAUGUCCCUUGAACCACACAAACGCACAAAACAAAAACAACGCACAAAACAUGUAUCCCUCACAAGAGUACAUCAGGUUUAUGUUGGUUUCAUUUUGCUUGAUUAAAAACCAGGAACUUGUAUAGACUGUGUGCUCUUAAGAUUUGUAACCUGUGCAAUAUGUCUGUGUACAUAUAAAAUGAUAAUAAAUAGCUAAACCCAGUAAUAUGAAA